CUCUGAGCAUGUCACCCCAUGCUGGGUGAGUGUGGUCCCACCACCAGCUGUGCCCGUCCUCAGGACCACCGCCGUGACCCUGUGUCCCCCCCUGAAGAGCCAGUGGGUGACAAAGCCAUGGGGUUCUCCAGGGCCCAUGGGGCGAAGGACAGCAGCAACCGGAAGCGGAAGAAUGAGGCAGAGACGGGACAGGAGGUGCUGAAGGCACCCCAGGGAAAGGCUGUGAAGAAGGAACCAGAGGAAACUCCAUGUGUGGUGCAGCCCCCUGUGCUGAAAGGGAAGAAGAAAUCUGCAAAAAACAAGGAGAAACCACUGCAGGAGAACAUCAUCAGCAGCUCCCUAAAGCAUGAGGCUGUGGAAGGUGAAGGCUCAAGCCAGUGGGAUGGGAUCCGAGCAAAGGAGGCAGCUGCAUCUGGGUUGGAGAAGACUGAAUCCAGCCUUCACCAAGGGUCAUCAGCAGGGCUGGAGGGCUCUUCCAGGUCACAGCCCAAAUCCUGGAGAAAGGGACCUGCAGUGGGACAGCAGCUCUCAGAGACCAAGGACGGAGUUGGGGUCCUGAAAUCAAGUGGUGGUGUUUCUGGCAUGGCUGCAUGCCUCUCUGGAGAGCCUGGGGGUUCGGGGUUGUCUCUGGGGGUCACUGCUAUGAGGGUGAGGAUGGAGAAGGAGCUGGACUCCUCUGUCCCACAGCAGAAAGGGGAUGCCCGAGACCCAAAGAGGAAAAAAGAGAAGAAGCAAGAGCAAAGGAAGCAGAGGGAGAAGGGAUUGCUGAAAAAGGGAGGGAGCAAGAAGGAUGAGUUUGAGGAAGAUCUCGAGGGUGUGAUGGAAGGCAUUGAGGAUGAGGAUGGUGCUGAUGGGGAUGGAAACUGGGGAGUGGGGCAGGACAGAGCCAAGCAAGGGAGCAGCAGUUGUGCCCAGGGAAGGGGCAAUGAGAAGGAAAAGCAGGAGAAGGGGAAAGCAGAGAAACGCAAGAAGGUGAAAAUAGAGGGGGAGGAGAAAAUGGGGAAGAAGAAAAUAAAGAAGGAAAAAAUGGUAGAAGAGGAGCAAGAGCUGGAGAGGGCAAAUGAGGAAUUAGGAGGGGGAGAUGGACCAGGAGGGAUGGAAGGGAGGGAUGUGGUGGGAAAGGAAAGUGAAGAUGGGCAAGGAGUAAAGGAGGAGGUGGAUGAGCAAGGGGAUGAGAGAUGGGGACAGGAAGAAGAUGAGAUGGGGAAGGGAGAUGGGCCAGAGAAAGGGAAAAAGCAGAAAAACAAAGAGAAAAAGCCAAAAGAGAAAAAGGAGAAGGGGAAGAAAAGUAAAGAGAAGAGCGAAAAUGAGGAGAUCCCAGAGAAAACCCGGAAAAGAAAAUCUAAGGAGGAAGGAGAGGAGAAGAACAACAAAAAGGCUAAAAAGGAGGAGAAAGAGAAAGAAAAGAAAGAAGAGGCAGAAAAGAAGUGGAAAUGGUGGGAAGAGGAGAAGACAGCCGACGGGGUGAAGUGGACACAGCUGGAGCACCGAGGACCCUAUUUUGCCCCCCUCUACGAGCCGCUGCCUGAUGAUGUGCAGUUUUAUUACGAUGGCAAACCCCUGAAGCUGAGCCUGGCCACGGAGGAGAUUGCUACCUUCUAUGCCAAAAUGCUCGAUCAUGAGUACACCACCAAGGAGAUCUUCCAGAACAACUUUUUUAACGACUGGAGGAAGGAGAUGACCCCUCAGGAGCAGAAGAUAAUCAAGCACCUGGACAAGUGUGACUUCAGGGAGAUCCACAAGUACUUCGUAGACAAAAAUGAGGCACGGAAAGCGCUCCCCAAAGAGGAGAAGCAGAAACUGAAGGAGGCAGCAGACAAGAUCCAGGAAGAGUACGGGUACUGCAUCCUCGAUGGGCACCGGGAGAAGAUAGGCAACUUUAAAACUGAGCCUCCGGGGCUGUUCCGCGGCCGCGGUGACCACCCCAAAAUGGGCAUGCUCAAGAAGAGGAUCAUGCCAGAGGAUGUGAUAAUCAACUGCAGCAAGGACUCCAAGAUCCCCGAACCUCCUGCGGGCCACAAAUGGAAGGAGGUGCGCUUUGACAACACGGUCACCUGGCUGGCCUCGUGGACCGAAAACAUCCAGAACUCCCUGAAGUACAUCAUGCUGAACCCAAGCUCCAAGCUGAAGGGGGAAAAGGACUGGCAGAAGUACGAGGUAGCCAGGAAGCUAAAGGAUGUUGUCCACAAAAUCCGUGCUCAGUACCAGGCUGACUGGAAGUCCAAGGAGAUGAAAACGCAAAGAGCAGUUGCUCUCUACUUCAUUGAUAAGCUGGCCCUGCGAGCUGGCAAUGAGAAAGAGGAAGGGGAGACUGCGGACACAGUUGGCUGCUGCUCCCUGCGUGUGGAGCACAUCAAGCUGCACCCCAAGCUGGACGGGCAGGAGCACGUGGUGGAGUUUGACUUCCUGGGGAAAGACUCCAUCCGCUACUACAACAAAGUGUCGGUGGAGAAGCCGGUGUUCAAAAACCUGCAACUCUUCAUGAAGAACAAGGACCCAGGAGAUGACCUCUUUGAUAGGCUCACUACAGUCAUCUUGAACAAACACCUCCAGAAUCUGAUGAAUGGCUUGACUGCCAAAGUGUUCAGGACCUACAACGCUUCCAUCACGUUGCAGGAGCAGCUCAAGGCCCUCACUAACCCUGAAGACAGUGUUGCAGGAAAGCUGCUCUCCUACAACCGAGCUAACCGAGCUGUGGCCAUCCUGUGCAACCAUCAGAGGUCCACACCAAAAACCUUUGAGAAGUCAAUGCAAAACCUCCAGAGUAAGAUUGAUGCCAAGAAGCAACAGCUGGAGGAAGCCGAAAAAGAGCUGAAAAAAGCUGAAGAUGAGUUUGAAGAGACAAAAGAUGCCAAAGCAGAGGCCAAUAUACGGAAGAAAAAGAAGCUGUUGGAGCGUCUAAAAGAGCAGCUGGCCAAGCUGAACGUCCAGGCCACAGACAAGGAGGAGAACAAGCAGAUAGCUCUGGGCACGUCCAAGCUGAAUUACCUGGACCCCAGGAUUAGCAUAGCCUGGUGUAAGAAGUUUGGUGUGCCCAUUGAGAAGAUCUACAACAAGACACAGAGGGAGAAGUUUGCCUGGGCGAUCGACAUGGCCGAUGAGGACUUUGAAUUCUGAAAAAGCGCCUUUCCUGUUACCUCAUGCUCAUUUGGUGCUGUUUGGUAUCAUUUUUUUUACAUACUGCAGCAGUUGUUGCAGAUGUGGGGUGCUUGCCUAAAGGAAGUUUGAUCUAUGUAUUUCAUAUUGUUUUUUUUGUAUAAAAACUAGAAACCAGAUGUUUAAAACAACUGACUUGUGACACUCAUUCUGAGUGCAGUAACUUUGCUGUGAACUUUUAAUUCCUCUCCAGAGCUGCCAAGUGCACUGGAUCUCUUCUUUCCUCCUCCUUGAGAGUAUGAGAAGAAGAUUUGAGAGCCUUAACAGUGCCAAUAAAUGAGAUUACAGAGUCUAAUCCCAUCUCCUUGCUGUAAUGGAGAUGUGCUGCGCUUUUAGCUACUCUGAAUUAGCCUGAUGGGGAAAUACGAGGCAAUGACAGCACUGAAACAGGCAGCUGCAGUAUAAGACCUGGGCUUGGGUCAGGGGAUACAGUGGGAGGAAAAGGAAAAAUCUGAGGGUGUUUAGGGGCAUUUUGCCCUCAGGAUGUGAGAGAAUUGUGCAAUUACACUGACAUAAUCAAAAGGGAGAUGUUUUGUGUUGCUAUAGGAGGAGUUCCAUCCUUGAGAGGGAGGGAUGCUGCUUCCUUCCCUUAAUGACCUGAAAUUACUAUUUUCAGGUCAUUAAAACUGGAAGUGGUCUGUCUGAAUAGGGGAGACUGGAGGCCAGAGGCUUUCCAAGCUUAUCCAAGACGUAGUUGCACUGAGAGCUGAUGCCAGAGUCCAAGCUGGAAUUUGGUCUUUGGAAUGGGUGUGUGAACGCUCAAUUGUCCACAGGGAUUAGGCUUGAUAUGAAGUGCUUUGCCUUCAAGCAACAAGCCUACCUGCACAUCUCCAAAACAAUUUGUGUUGGUUCCUAAGGGCCUAUAUGUGAAACAGAGCCCCUACACUUGCUGCUGCAUGUUAGCUGAGAUGGGACAAGUACAAGGAGAAACACAGGAGGGCAAACAAUAUUUUUAUCUCAUAUCUGCAGUAGGAGGGCACGUGCAAUGCUCUACCACGUGGCUGAGAUGUGGCAGCUUACGAAACUCUGAUCACCAGGACUCUCUCUCCAAGCCGUAAGUGCUUAUCUAGGGUUUGGAGAGAUAAGUGAAUCUUAAAACAGGGAUCUGAAACAAACUGAUGGCAGAAGUGAGAGGGGAUUUACUUUUUCUGACCAAGCUAACCCAGUUGCCAACUGGACAGGAGCUGCCAAAUGUGCCUUGACCCCUCUGUUGGAUUUGUACUUGUGAAUGCAAGGGGACCUAGUCUGGGUCCACUGCAUGGAGGUUUUUUCCUGCCCACUCUGUUACAAAUGCUUUCUGGCCUUUAAAAAUCGUCGAAGUGAUUAAUCACCACUAACUGUGGUGGGAAGGUCCCAUCUAGCAAGCCUGUAGAGGGGAAAAAUGCUCACUUCCAGUUGCAGAAAAAGGAGCAAGACAUAAGUGGAUGAGCACUGCGGGUGUUUCCAUGGGACCAGUAGAUUUUUCCCUUUUUUUUUUUUAAGUAUCUUUUAGAGGAAAAAGUUGCUCAGGAUCCACGUGAGGGAAAAGAGUUGUGAGAGCCACUGCAGCAAUCUGAAUAGCUGCUGAGGAAGCAGUGGAAAACACCUCCAUUCAUCUUGCUUCUCUCCAGAAGUUUGUGCUUGGGGCAAAACCCAUCAAGACAUCAUGGAAAUCCAGCUGCAAGCCCUGUGCUUGCCUCCUGCACUGCAGCAGCUGAGGAGCAACCAACUGUGGCUCAGUGUCACACUGAAGGCUCCUUGGCCAUGCUCUGGAAAUCAGGGCUGUGAAGAGCUGUCAGUAUCAGCUAAAUAAUUACUGACUACUCUAUAGGAGCUAAAUAAAGUAGCUAUGUUUUUCCCUAGAGGAUGUUAACCUAUGUCAUUCACUCUACAUCUAUGGUGUAACCAGUUCUGUCAAAAAGCUCAGCGAAACGAAAAUCAGAAAGACAAUGGAGCAAACUGAGGUUGGAUGGGUUUUGUUUUUACUCCUUAUUGGCUUGAGUAAUACAUCUGAGCCAGCUUAGAGGGGAGAAGCUGGUAUGACUGGGGAGUGUCCUCCUGGCUUCUGGCCAUACCCAAGCAAGACACAGGUUGGAGAAGCUGGAUUUUUACUGAUGAUAUCACAUAAUGCAGCAAUCUGGCCUAGUUCCCCAUCUGUCAGGGAUUUUCCCCUGCUCAGGACCCAGAGGAGCAGGAACUUGACCCCAUCACUUGUGCCUAUAAGAGCUGGACCCUUCUCUUCCAGGCACCAGGUUGGGGUUAUUCGGGGAUUCAGAGCAAUGCUUGCAUGCUCAGCUGAACCCUGCCUCUCUUGGCACUUUUUGGGUUGCUUUCAGCUUAAUUUCUUAAUUUCUCCAACGAGGUGACUUUACUGUAGGCUUUGGUGACUAAGAUAUCUGGUAGCUCAAAGUAAAAAAUAAAUAAAUAAAUAAAUAAAU